AUGGUCUACCCUCCGAUUGAGGCUCUUGAGUUAGCCAACUUAAUCUUCUUCGGGAUUUCAAUCAUCCCGGUGUGCUAUUGCUUUUAUAUGCAUGGCCGGGAGGGCAUUGGUCCUUGGCUUAAUACGUUUGUAUGGAACACUCUGCGCAUUACCGCUAAUGCCAUCGCAUUCAAGUCGAUCGCGACGACUGGCAUACCCAGUCUCAUCAUUCCGCUCGUGGUAAACGGGGUUGGUCUCUCACCGUUUACACUAGUGUGUCAGGGAUUUGUGAAUGAAGCCAACUUCUCUAUCCGUAAAGACCUCCCGAUUUUCGCUGGGAUUUGGGGCUCCCUCAUUGCGCAGAUAUUAAUCAUCGUUGGCGUGUCUUUGUCGCUGAAGGGUCUCACCGAGCUUACCAUCCUAAAAGCUGGUCUCAUUAUUUGGCUUCUCGGCUGGGUCUAUACAGGCCUGAUGAUCGUGGGAAGCUGGUCUUGCAAAGGUCACAAGAAACGCCUCCCAGAUGAGAAAGUUCUUUUAUACGCCGCCACAAUCUCCUGGCCUCUUGUUGGAUUCCGUGUCGUCUACGUCACUUACUGUGGUUAUGUUUACCACAUCUUUGACCAAGGUGGUAUCACGAUCAUGUCAGUCUUCGGUGUGCUUCCGGAGUUCCUGUGUAUGAUGAUAUAUCUCGGUGCCGGUAUCUGGACUCGGAAUCUGUCGCGCACACAUAAGACUUUGCGGCAAGAGGAGAAAGCAGCGAAGAAGCAGGCCAAGGCUGGUGUGCUGAACUCCUUAUCGGCGAGCACAGAGCCUCUGGAAAAGUUUUCCUCUUUGACUGGGUCAGACAACACUCGCACAGCUGGUACAGCGAGUAUUUCUGGAACCACAGUAUGA